AUGGAUGCUCAGACAAAACGUAUUAUCGACAGUCUUCCCCUAUCAACUUACAGAAAAAAGAUGAAAGAAGAGACUGAGUGUCUUGACCGAAGUGAACUUCUUAAAGUGAUAGAGUCUGAGGUACAAGGAAGUACUGAGCUUUUUGAUAUUGUUGAGCCAAUUACUUUGUCGUUGAUUUAUGACUUUGAUUUCAAGUCUUCUCGUCUUCAAGAAAAAUUCUUUGAUGACGACAAUUUCCUGAAGAAGUGUGGGUAUUCUCAAAAGACACGAGAAUGGUAUGCACCUAAAGAACAAUGUUUUCCCGCAGACUAUACCAAAUUAGCUUAUAAACAAUAUGGGACACUAUUUGUGAGUGAAGAAUCCGUCAAUAGUAUUAUGUCUCGUGGUUUCAACAAAGUCAUAGCCACUGCUGCCCUUAUGAUGAACAACAAUAAUGAAGAAGAUGCUUUACAACAGAUCAGAAUCAACCUUCACAAGCUUAUUGUACUUUUAAAAAAUGAACUUCAAAAAUAUAGGGGAAGAAUUGCACCACCACUGGAAACAGCAACGGCCGCCCCUCUAUUGGAUUAUUCUAAAGAAUUUUAUUAUGAUUUGGCCACCCGACUGCCCAGUGAAAAAGAAAUAAUCCAAGCUGUUUCAAACGAGAAGAACGUGCCAAAAGACAUGAGGGUGUGGUUCAACCAACUUCAAAAGAGGUUUGAAGAGGAGAACACAAAGAGGGAGAAAAUGCUUGAGACUUCUGGUGUGACUUGUGAUGUCUGUUACGAGGACAAACUUCCAGAGGAGAUGAUGACAAAUCGCUGUGGACAUACAUUUUGUGUGAAUUGUAUUCGCGACCACAUUUUGAGUGGGAUGAAAGAGUCUGGGAAGACAAUAGGUAACUUGCGGUGUUUAUCUGGCGGAUGCAAGUGUUGUAUCUGUAUGGAUGUUGUACGGAAAUUAGUUGAUGAUUACACUUACUUCAAAUACUGUGGAUUACUCAUCACCGGGUUUAUAGAGAACAACAAACAAAUCAUCUGUAAGUACUGUAAUAACAAUAAAUGCACUAAACUCCUUCAUUUCAAAGGAGAGUACUUUGGUGGUGCUGUGACGGCGGUGUGUGACUGUGAAACUGAUUUGUGUUUAUUGUGUGGGAGUGACAAUCACCGUCCAGCCUCUUGUGACAUGUGGAAGAAGUGGACUGAGUUACUUAAGAAAGAUGGAUUGAAUUUGAAAUGGAUUCGAGAGAACUCUCGACCAUGUCCAAAAUGUGGGACAUUCAUUGAAAAGAAUGGAGGAUGUCAAUGGAUGUCAUGUUAUAAGUGUCAUUCAUUCUUCUGUUGGGUGUGCAUGCAAGUCACUAAUGACCAUCAACACAAACCUACACAGACGUGUAAGCCAUACAACCCUAAUAAAGAAAAAGAUGCACACGAUUAUGUCAAUGAAGAGACUUUGAAUUACAUUACACAUUACGAUCUUCAAAACGUCGGUGUCAAGCAGUCUAUUGAGAGAAACCACACUAUAGUAGAUAUCAUCCGAGACAGAAAAGAUAUUUCAUCAACACUAGCACCUUUAUAUGAAGCAUCUUUGGUCGAAAUUGAUGCACACGUCAUCCUGAGAAAUUUGUGCGUCUAUGGAUGCUACCAACGAUCAAAAAAGGAUUUGAUUGAGUUCCAGCAAACUAAGUUCCAGAUGCAAGCAGAGUUACUCACAAAGAAGAUCCAAAUGAUAUUAAAAGCGGAAGUCAUUAGUAUCGAGAUGAUGAGUCAGCUCUCACAAUUUGUCAAACCAAUCAAAGACUCUUUUGAAAAAAUCACACACUCAAUCGAGGAGGAACUUGAGGAUAUGUAA